AUGGAAUUUUUGCAAACCACGUUAGGAGACACCCUAAGUGGUCAAAACAUUAUUGACCAUCCAAACCAUGGCAUAGACUGUACUAGCGCCAUGAUCAUGAUCAGCUCACCUAGAGCAAGUAGUACUAAUUCUCAGUCAUCGUCCGAUGAUCUGAGUUCUCGUGUGGACUCAUUUGAUUUAUUGGAGAAGUGUAUAUCGCGUAGUGAUUCUGCAGACAAUAGACUAUUAUGGCUACGUUCUCAAAUCAUUGGGGACGAUGCCAAAUUCGAUUCCCCCUUUGGAAAACGCAGGCUCACCUAUGCUGAUCACACCGCCUCAGCCCGGUGUCUGCACUACAUUGAAAACUACAUCAUCAAUAAUGUCCUCCCUUUCUAUGGCAAUAGUCACACCAGUGACAGCUAUGUAGGGCAUCGAACCACAAAAAUGGUGCAUCAGGCAACAGAAUACGUGAAGAGAUGCUUAGGCUGUGGAGAAGAUGAUUCAAUCAUAUUUUGUGGUUCGGGCACAACAGCAGCUAUCAAAAGGCUCCAAGAAGUUAUGGGAAUUACUGUUCCCUCCAUCUUGAGAGAGAGACUAAUAAAAACCCUAACCAGUGAAGAAAGAUGGGUAGUGUUUGUUGGGCCUUAUGAGCACCACUCGAACCUCCUCUCAUGGCGUCAAAGCCUCGCGGAGGUGAUAGAGAUCGGUCUAGAUGAAAAUGGCUUGUUAAACAUGGAAGCUCUAACACUCCAACUCGAGUUUUACCAAUCCACCAACCGCCCUAUUUUGGGUUCUUUCUCAGCUUGUAGUAAUGUCACCGGAAUUAAAUCCGACACACUCGCUCUUUCCCGGCUUUUUCAUCAACAUGGAGGCUUUGUAUGCUUUGAUUUUGCAGCAAGUGGUCCAUAUGUGGAGAUUGAUAUGAGAUCAAGAGAGAUCGAUGGCUAUGAUGCAAUUUUCCUUAGUCCCCACAAGUUUCUCGGCGGACCGGGCUCACCAGGCAUCCUUGUGCUGAGCAAGGCACUGUAUCGGCUAAAGUCUUCACCUCCAUCAACUUGCGGAGGUGGAACUGUUGAUUUUGUCAAUGGCUUCAAUGAAGAGGACACAUUAUACGUGGAGGAUAUAGAAGAAAGAGAGGAUGCUGGAACUCCACCAAUCAUCCAGAAAAUUAGGGCAGCGUUGGCAUUUUGGGUAAAAGAAUACAUUGGUUAUGAAGUGAUUGAAAGACAAGAACAAAUCUAUAUAGAGAAAGCACUUGAAAGACUUGUACCAAAUCAAAACAUAUGUGUUUUAGGAAAUACAAAGGCCAAGAGACUAGCUAUAAUGUCUUUUCUUGUUUACUCUACCACCUAUUCUUCAUCAGCUGAAAUGUAUUCUGAGAGCAACACAAAUGGUCUCUACAUGUGGAGCGAGACAGGUAACAAGAGAGAUAAGCCUCUUCAUGGUCCAUUCGUCGCGAAGCUCCUGAAUGACCUCUUUGGCAUCCAGGCUCGAGGUGGGUGCGCCUGUGCUGGACCUUAUGGUCACAGUUUGCUCAACGUUGACAAGCCUCAUUCACUUGCCUUCAGAACCGCUGUCAAAAAGGGUUAUAACGGAGUGAAGCCUGGAUGGACGAGGGUUAGUUUUCCUUACUACAUGUCCAUUGAGGAAUUUGAGUUCAUUUUAGCUGCAUUGGAAUUCAUAGCCAUAUAUGGGCAGAGGUUCCUUCCCUUGUACCACUUCAAUUGGAAAACUGGUGCAUGGACAUUUAAGAAGAAGGCAUUCAAGGAGACUCUCCAAAAUUUAGAGAAUAAUUGCAACAUUUGGUGUUCAUCAUUGAUGGCUAUUAUGCAGAAUAUAAACUCAAACUCUGAUGAAUCAAAAGAACACAUCAAUGUGAAGGCCAAAGAUGAUGGGGUGAUCAGGAAUUAUGCAUCAUAUUUGGAGACAGCCAAGCACAUGGCCACUCUCCUACCAAAAUUCCCAUCAAAGCGUAGGGUGCCGGAGGACAUAGAUCUCAACCUCCUGACCUUCAGAGUCUAGCUUAAACUUCAAACAUAGAUUAUUAACAUAUAUAUAUAUAUAUAUACAAACAUAUAUAUCAUAUAUUAAUUUUGUAACUUGACUGUUUUGUCAGAAAUAAAUUUUGUUAGAAGUGUAUUUUUUUGGGGUUAAAAAAGCAAAGAGAAUAUG